AUGGCACCCCAGCCGACACACCGCCUGGCGCGUUCCUACGGCGCUUGCACACACGUCACAAUGGUUCGAGUGUACAGCUACAUCCUCAGAUGCGAUUCAUGCGGUAAUUACGGGCACUUCGGAUGGCUGUACCGGUGUAGCCAGGACCAGGAGGAAAUCUUGCGCAAUUGUAUCUCCAAUGGCGAAGAGGUCACUUUUGACGAUAUCGGUAGGCAUCUGAUUACUGCCGUUCAGCCAAGGAACCGCGGUCCGGAGAAACGAUCAGGGAAUGCUGCCAGCUUUCUCGAGGAGAUGCCCCCGAGGGAUAUCACGACCACCUACACGACUGAUCAACUUAUGACUAUCUUCAAUCAACGGAAGCACCUUGGAGACGUCCUUCGUCGAGAAUCUUUCCGAGCGAAGCCGGCACCUAAUCAAGGUCACGAUGGCACACAGUCGUCCAGCACCUACGACCUGGACGACAUUCUAGAGACCAGCAUGUCCGCUCCUUGGGUACCCAAGUCCAAAGAUGAGUGUCAGUACAAGAUCUGCUCGUACUGUCGCCCCGGCGGAGCAGACCGAGCGUUUAUCAGUCUGGAUGGUAUCGCUAAGGGCAACAUUCCUGCCACCGCAGCCACCGGCUACGGCUUCCACCUCUUUCGCGAAAGACCUGUGUGUAAUUCUCAGUUGCUUGCCAACAUUGGUCUUCGAUCAUCUUCAGGGGCCUUGACCGGAUCCUCUGUAUCAUCUUCAGAUACCGGCAGAUACAUCAGCGAUGCGCAGCUAGCGAGCCACUUGGCAGCGCAGCUCAAUAUCAACGGCCCUUCGUCACUCGAACCGCGACCAGUGACCCCUUACACUCUUCUUGUCCCACACGCCAAUCUACCUCGAUCCCCAGGGACCCCGAACCUCGCCGCCCAAGUCGAGAAGCCUUCCGAACCAAAUGAAGACGACGCUUCGUGGCUGGACACAACGACUUCAACCACUACAAGUCUUCCGGCCGGUGUAAGUAGCCAUCUUGGCGACGACGCCACGGAGAUGGAGGCACAGGAGGAAGAACAGGGAAAUUUCCUCGCACAGCCUCUCACUGUCCUGAACGGUGUGGCCGUCUUGGAAGAAAGCGUGGAGAUGCAUCAGCCGGAUUUGAUCACUCAGGUUUGA